AUGCGCGGCGUGGCGUGGGCGGCGGUGGCCGCGGCGGCCGUGGCGCUGGCGCUCGCCUCGCCCGAGAGGCGCUCCGACACCGACUUCGAGUUCGACGAGGCGCCGGAUUCGCAGACGGCGCGUCCGCGACGGCCGCGUCGCUAUAUCUACGACCCGCAGAAUCCUCUUUGCCGGGAGCUGAUCUGCAAGAAACGGGAGGUGUGCUUGCUGCGUGACGCCUUCACCGCCCAAUGCGCUACGAAGAAGGACGUCUUGCGGAGAGGGGACACGAUAGUGGCCGCGCGGCGCGAGCACGGCGACGCCGAGGACGACGUGUUCUACGAGGCGGCGCCCGACCGCCCGCCGCACCAACAGCACCAACAGCGCCAACAGCACCAACAGCGCCAACAGCACCAACAGCGACAACAGCACCAACAGCGCGCAGACGUGGACCUCGACGCCGACAACGAGGCCGACAACUAUCUGGACCAGGCGCUCGACCAGUCGCUCGACCAGUCGCUCGACCGGCCACCUGAACGGUGCGUGGGGUGCGGCGCGGGCGGCGCGCAGUUCGUGUGCGGCUCCGACAACCGCACCUACUCGUCGCUGUGCCGCCUCGACCUGCACAACUGCGUGCGCGGCGCCAGGGUGCGCCUCGCCUGCCGCGGCUUCUGCCCCUGCGCGGCCCCGCCCCCGCCCCCGCCCCCGCCGCCACAGAGGCGGCUGCGCGACCGCGGCGGCGGCGGCGGCAGGCGCCAGGCGGCCAAGAGCGGCGCCAGGCGGGCCGGCGCUAGAGGGGGGGAGCGGUGCGAGCUGGAGCGUCUGGCGGAUCGUCUGCUGGACUGGUUCUCGGUGCUGAUGGAGGAGGCGGCCGGCACGCCUCCGCCGCUGCAAGGGUUCCCGCGGGAUUGUAAGCCUGAAGUGCGCUGGAUGUUCUCGCACCUGGACGUGGCCGGCGACGGCCUGCUCUCGCACGACGACCUCUACGCCCUGCGCCACGACGAGCGCGAGCGCUGCCUGCGGCCGUUCCUGGCGUCGUGCGGUGGGGGCGGUGGGGGGGGGGGGGGGGGGGGGGGGCGGGGGGGGGGGGGGGGGGGGGGGGUAGGGGGCGGGGGGGCGGCGCAGGGCUGUCGCGCGCCGCGUGGUGCGGCUGCCUGCGGCGCGCGGCGCGGCCGUGCGCGGCGUUGGCGCGCGCGCACCCUUGGCCCGCGGCCGGCGCCUACGUGCCGGCGUGCGACGCGCGCGGCUUCUACCUGCCGCGGCAGUGCCACGCCGCGCUGGGCGUGUGCUGGUGCGUGGACGCGCACGGCGUGGAGCGGCCCGGCUCGCGCGCCAAGGGCCGCCCCGCCUGCGCGCCCGCCGCCCCGCCCCCCCCCCCCCUCGCCCCUCCCCGCCCUCGCCGCCGUCGCCGCCGAGCGCGGCCCCGCCGACGACGAGGACGAGGCCGGCAGCGGCGACAACGAGCUGCGCUUC